UACCUUUCCGUUUCCGGUUCGCCUCCGGAGCCAUGGCGACCGUGAGAGGCCGUGGGUAUCUGUUGACAUUAGGUAGAUGGCGCCGGGGCGUUGAAGUUGCACCCCAGUCCCGGGCUCGUGCCGCCCUUGUGCCUGGCGUAUCCCAGGUGGAUAACAGGUCCGAUUUUCUGGGAAAGAGGCCCCAUCGCAGGCACCCCGGCAUCCUGCAGCUACCGAGUGUGCGCCUGCCUCAGGCACUGGCUGACACCGCUCAAUUACUGCUGCUUGAGAGUUCAAUGCCCAAUGUGGAGAAGCAGGUGCAAGCAUUGAUCAAUUAUCUCUGGAGCCGGCAUUUACCCGUGGAGCCAGAGGAGUUGCAAAGAUGGGCUGUACAUCUGGAGAAAAGAUUCCUGGAAAACCCAGACUCACCUCAGACAGAGGAGAAACUUCGUGGAUCAGUGCUGCGUGCCCUGCGUAAAACUACUUAUCAUUGGCAAGAACUGAGCUACAAUGAGGGACUGAGCCUGGUGUAUAUGGCAGCAAGACUGGAUGGUGGCUUUGCAGCAGUCUCCAGGGCAUUCCAUGAGAUCCAUGCUCGAAUUCCAGAGUUUCAGCCACAAACCUUGAUGGACUUUGGAUCGGGUACUGGUUCUGUCACCUGGGCUGCUCAUAGUAUUUGGGGCCAGAGCCUACGUGAAUACAUGUGUGUGGACAGUUCAGCUGCCAUGUUGGAUCUGGCAGGAAAACUACUGAAAGGUGGUUCAGAAUGUGGGGAGCCAUAUGUUCCAGGUGUCUUUUUCAGACAGUUUCUACCGGUAUCACCCAAGGUUCAGUUCAGCGUGGUGGUAUCGGCCUUCUCCCUAAGUGAACUGCCCAGCAAGGCUGACCGCGCUGAGGUGGUCCAAACCUUGUGGCGCAAGACCAGUGAUUUUCUGAUACUGGUGGAGAGUGGAACAAAAGCAGGGCACCGCCUUCUCAUGGAAGCCAGGGACCUGGUCCUUAACGGAAAGGAGAAGUCACCUCUGGACCCUCGACCUGGUUUUGUCUUUGCCCCAUGUCCCCAUGAACUUGCUUGUCCCCAGCUGACAGCUUCUAAGCCCCUGGCCUGCAGCUUUUCCCAGGCUUACCACCCCAUCCCCUUCAGCUGGAACAAGAAGCCAAAGGAGGAAAAGUUCUCAAUGGUAAUCCUUGCCCGGGGCUCUCCAGGGGAGGCUGCUCGCUGGCCCCGGAUCACUCAGCCUGUUCUUAAACGGCCGCGCCAUGUGCAUUGUCACCUGUGCUGUCCAGAUGGGCACAUGCAGCACGCUGUGAUCACAGCUCGCCGGCACGGCAGGGAUUUGUAUCGCUGUGCCCGUGUCAGCUCCUGGGGCGAUCUUUUACCUGUGACCACGCCGUCUGAGCUUCCUCCGUCCCCUGCUAAAGAUCCCCCUGAGAGUUGACAAGGACCUGUACCAUGAGUUUUCUUGUAUCCUGCCUGCCUGCCAAGGCUAAAGCUACCUGGUAUCCAGGAUGGAAGGGCUGGUACCCCCAUAUGUCUGCAUUUGUUUGAGGUUUUAAUCAUAAUUAAAAGUUU